AGGGGAAGUGAGCUGGGGCUGGAGCGAUGGCCCGGGUCUGCACCCUGCGGCCGCCGCCGCCGCCACCGCCUGCGCGUCCAGAGCAGCCGCGGCCGGAGCAGGGGCCGGAGGUGCGGCUGGGCUGGCCGCGGCGCGUGUGAGUUGCGGAAGUCGCCGGCGGUGGAACACCUCACCCUCGGAGCACUCCAGGCUGGCCGAGCGGUGGUCUCCCCUCAACACCGCGUCCCUCAAGGCCCGGCAGCAGGGCUGGAGUUUACCCAGGCUCCGGCUCCUCUCUCGCCGGUCUUUCAAACUCAGGACAGAAGUCACAGAAAGGUGAUCAUCCCUAAUCCCAGCCGGCUUCCUGGCCUGAGCGUUUUCUAGGCGCCCAGUCAGUGUCCUCCUGUCGCCACCUCUCCAGCCACGGAUUAGCGAGUACCCACUGCCUGCUCUGCAAAGUCUUCUGUCCUCCCACUCGAGAACAAGUUUAUUUUCUCUCUGCCUUGGAAAUCUUGUCCCAGAGAGCCAGAGUACCUUAGUUUUGUGUAUCUUUUCUCAGCUUCUGGAGUGCUCCUAGAAAUACUGGCUGCCUACAGGGCUAAGAGUCUUGUUCUUGACUCAGCGAGUUGUUUUAUUUUCCUUUUGUCAGGUAAUAGUUCCAGGAAUUUAUCCGUUUGACCACCAGUUCCUUGGCCAUCUCUAUGUAACUCCCCCUCCCCCCCCAAUUCAUCUGUGUCCAGUUUCUUCUGGGCUCCAUUCUCCAGCCCCCAGUAGAUCUGGUCAGUCCCACCUCUGGGUGGGAGUGAUCAGGGGGCUCUGGCCCAAAAUUUCCAACCCUGGAAGGCAGUUCCAAGGCAGCGAGAGAGUUGGGCUUCGGGUACGAACCUGGCAGCUCAGGAGUGGGCGCUCCACUCACCCCGCACAAAAAGAUGAAAAAACGCAAAGAGCUCAAUGCGCUGAUCGGCCUGGCUGGUGACAGUCGGAGAAAGAAGCCCAAGAAAGGCCCAAGCAGCCACCGCCUGCUUCGCACUGAACCCCCUGACUCAGAGUCGGAGACCAGCUCGGAGGAAGAAGAGGAGUUCGGGGCGAUUGGAAAUCGCUCGCGUUUUGUCAAGGGAGACUACUUACGAUGCUGCAAGAUCUGCUAUCCCCUCUGUGCUUUUGUCAUCCUCGCGGCCUGUGUUGUGGCCUGUGUCGGCUUGGUGUGGAUGCAGGUGGCUCUCAAGGAGGAUCUGGAUGCCCUCAAGGAAAAAUUUAGAACAAUGGAAUCUAAUCAGAAAAGCUCAUUCCAGGAAAUCCCCAAACUUAAUGAGGAACUUCUCAGCAAACAAAAACAACUUGAGAAGAUUGAAUCUGGGGAGCUGGGCUUGAGCAGAGUCUGGAUCAACAUCACAGAAAUGAACAAACAGAUUUCUCUGUUGAGUUCUGCGGUAAACCACCUGAAAACCGAUGUCAAGUCGGCUGCAGACUUACUUAGCCUGCCUAGCACUGUGGAGGGGCUUCAGAAGAGCGUAGCUUCCAUUGGCAAUACUUUAAACAGUGUCCAUCUGGCUGUGGAGGCGAUACAGAAAACUGUGGAUGAACACAAGAAAACCUUGGAAUCACUGCAGAGCAGUAUGGAGACCAAUGGAAGCAACCAAAUCAUGCCAUCAUCUUCAGCUACAUCAGAACUUGACAAUAAAACCCACAGUGAAAGUUCAAAACAGGAUAUCCUGUACCUUCAAAACUCCUUAGAAGAGAUCAACAGUACUGUAGUGGGAUACCAGAGACAGAGUGAUCUUAAAUUUGAGGGGAUGAACGAGACACUCAGUAGCCUGACACAGAGACUCAGCCUGGUAGAAAGUGAUGUGGUUGCACUGAGCAAGGCAGAAAAAAGAGCAAACCUGACCUCCAGCAUGAAAGAAGAUAAUUCAAAUUCUCAGGUGUCCAAGCUGCGAGAAAAACUGCAGCUGAUCAGCGCUCUCACAAACAAACCUGGAAGCAACAGGCCUCCAGAGACCACAGAGGAAGAGCAAGUACAGAACUUCACAUCAGAUCCAUCAACGCUGCCAAAAUUUUCACACUUUCUUGGAGAUCAAAUUGAGACCCAGCUAAAACCUAUCUCCCUACCAGGGAUUUCUAGCAUCAAAGGAGCCUCUGAGGCCUCACCAGCUGCGCUGCCGGCCUGGGGCAGCAGUGAGAGGACCUGUCGGAAGUUUGUAGGAAAUCCUCGGUGGAACAGGUCUUGCACAGAAACUGCUCCUCCUCCUUUUGGCACAUUUUCAUUCUUCCCCAGUACCAAAUGGCAAGAGGCCUGUGGGGUCCAAGUGUGA